CGAGUCCCUACUCUCUUCUCUGCGCGCCCUUAGGGCGAAAGACGGUUCUCCUGCGGUGAUCAAGGUAAACACGGACGAGAACGCUCAAGUCGCCUCUGUCACGCCUUUAGCGCCCCAUCCUGCAUAUGAGGCGAGCGCCCCCAUCUCUCAGAAUAUAUUCAAAGGCGACGAUGCAGACGAGAUGCCCUUUAUCCCUUAUGCCGACGAGCCUUCGUUCAACUGGGUUCAACACGUUAACCAAUAUGAAUCAUUUGCGUGGCAAAAUGACCCCCCGGAUCCCGACGACCAGGCCAUUAUCAUGGAGACUGCACAUCGUCUCAACAGAAUUCACGGGGUUCCCUUUGACGUCACUGAUGCAACGGGUGUGUUACCAGAGACCUUAAUAUCUACCUCCGGAAGAACAGGUCUUAUUUCCCGGUGUUUGAGACGUGACUUUGUGGAUUGGCCCGGAAACAGCAUCACCGACUGGAGUGUCUUUGCCACACUUUUCGUACCUGAUGAGAAGGACACGAGGGCCCGUGUCGAGAGUGCAGUUGGUAUCUUUUGCCCAAAUCUUAACUGUGUACAGCCGCUCUGCACCGUUCACUUAACCCAGAAUUCUUUGCCUGCACCUCGGAAACCAGCUAUUACUGUCGAAGAAAUACUCGCCGCAAUCAGCAAGGCGUGCAGCCUCGAGUGCUUCAUGCAGGAACCAUACACAGAUUUGAAUAUCAGGCCGGAUUGGGAUGACCAUGAGGUCGACGAUCUUCGCCUUUCUCUCGAGAUUCUUCCUGAUAGUACCCCUUGUGACCUGGCUCUCUUGUGCUUCAAACCUUGCAAAGAGGUCUUUCUCUGGUGGCGUUUUCUUUAUCCGAAGAAAGCCAAGGAUGAGACCACCAACGCCCCACACAAAGCCCUGUUUUACGUAGAUGGAGACGCAAGCCAGUUCACUCCGAACGAACCGUGUAAUCACAGUGGCCCAUGCACAGCGGAAACUGACUGUGCUUGUUAUCACAAUAGUGCACAUUGCCAGAGAAACUGUAGAUGCUCGUCGAGUUGCAAGCGACGUUGGCGAGGCUGCAGAUGCACUAAGCUACAGUGCAUGACUGAAAAAUGUACCUGUCGGGCUGAGUCUCGGGAGUGCGAUCCAGAGCUCUGUCUGCGGUGCGGGUGCAAGUAAAUGGACGGAGGAAAUUGCCGUAACUCGCAGAUCCAGCACGGACUAUGCAAGGAAAUCGAUGUUAAGGAAAGUCAAUGGGGACUAGGCGCGUUCCUCCGAGAACCCGCUAAAACCGGAGACCUUUUAUGCGAGUAUGUUGGCGAACUCAUCUAUGAGCCAACGUUUGAAUCCCGAGGCGACCUUGCCAACUACCGCGGACGGAGUUACGUGUACAGGCUCAACAGCUCAAUGUCAAUCGAUAGCUCGUUUGCGGGGAAUGUUUCACGCUAUAUCAAUCACGUCGAAGGCGUCGACCCUUCAGGAGCUGUCCGACGUGCAAACUGUAAAGCCUUUGUUCGUCUUGUUAACGGAGAUCACCGCAUCGGCAUCUUUGCUUUAGGAGAUAUUGAAGCGGGAAAAGAGCUUCUGCUAGAUUAUGGCAGCGAAUUCUUCACUGACAAGAAGCCUGACGAUUCCUAAAUUCUCAGGUUAAGUCGAUUACAGUAGGCUACGCACCACAACUCCUUGUAUGAUUCGGUCGAAAGUGUUUCGAUCUCAAAAUAUCACGUAGAG